AUGGCAUUGCUUCCAUUCCUCUUCUGCCUGUUUGCAGGAGGGUGUGCUUACACUGCAUCCCUUCAGAACUCAACACUACAUCAACUGAUGGAAAAGCUACUGAAAAACUAUAACAAGGGAGUCCGACCAGUCAAAAACUGGACACAACCUACAACCAUUUAUAUUGACUUCAUCCUCCAUGCAGUGCUGGAAGUGGAUGGCCAGAACCAAAAACUAAGGACAAAUAUCUGGUACCAGCAGAUAUGGAUGGAUGAGUUCCUCAUAUGGAAUCCUGCAAGUUUUAAUGGCAUCAAUGAAAUCUCACUGCCCGUCGAAACUAUUUGGAUCCCUGACAUAUUAAUCCAGGAAUUUAUUGAUGUGGGAAGAUCACCUUACAUGCCCUACGUGUAUGUGAAUUCCUCAGGGCAUAUUAAAAACUACAAGCCAAUACAAGUCGUCUCUGCCUGCAGACUGGAGAUAUAUGCCUUCCCAUUUGACAAGCAGAACUGCACCUUCACAUUCUGUAGCUGGCUGCAUACAGUAAAUGAUAUCAAUCUCAAGCUUUGGAGAAGCCACGAAGAAAUUGAAAAUAACACUAGUGCAUUUUUAAAUGAUGGGGAAUGGGAACUCCUCUCUGUUCCAUCCAAAUAUGAGAAGUUGUAUAAUGAAGGGAGGGAAUACGCUCAAAUUCAGUUUAACGUUGUAAUAAGACGAAGACCAUUGCUUUACGUGAUCAGUCUCCUGUUACCCAGCAUAUUUCUGAUGCUGGUAGAUGUGACUAGCUACUUUCUGCCUCCAAACAGCAGUGGGCGAAUAACUUUCAAAUCCAGCAUCCUGCUUGGAUACACGGUGUUUCGGAUGAACCUAAGAGAUGACCUUCCUGCUACUGCUGUGACUACACCUCUCAUUGGUGUAUUCUUUGCUGUCUGUAUGGCCCUUCUUGUGAUCAGUUUGGCUGAGUCAAUUCUAAUUGCAAAGCUCCUGAGCAUGAGUGAGGAAGCUGAGCCCAGGACUGAUGUCUCCAAGUGUUGUGUCUCGAAACUGAUUUCUUCAAACUGGAGCACCACAGACAGUCUCUGCACUUCCCUUAGGACCCAAGAAGGCAUCUGUAAUGACAGUGUUUUUGACAGUGAUACUGAAACUCCUGGACAACAUGAAGAUAAAAAUCUCAACAAAGAGGCCCAAGGUUUGCAGGUCAAAGAGGUCCCUGUGAAAGAGAUACUGAAGGAGAUUUCUUCAAUCAAGUUCUACUUGCAUGAGACAGAAGAUGCAACUGAUCCUAAGAAUGACUGGCUGGCAUUUUGUUACAGAUUUGACAUAUUUCUUUUCCAUGUGUAUUUGGUGAUACUUGGAGUUUUCACUGUAACAAUGAGCACCCUCUGGCUGAUAUGGAGUUACCCUUAG